GGCAGGACUUCCCUGGUGGGACCGGAGCACAGCAGACUGGUCCAAAGAGAGAAGGUCAGGAACUGAAGGAAUAGGCUAACUACGCGCCUGGGGCUAUCUAGGGAAGGGUGGAGCCAGCCUAAAGGAAGGCUAGGGAAGAGCUCAGAAAGCAGAAAACGGGACUGGGACGCGCUGGGGGAGGACCCAGAAACCAUUUACCCUUCUCAUUGGUUGGUACCCGCCUCCUUUUGGCCACGCCCCCUUACUUCCGGCUCCUCUUAACCUUAAACCCUUCGCUUUCCCCUAAAACGGGUCGUAGUCCCGCCCUCUUCCCUAGUACUUCCUGUUCCCGACUAACCCUGGCCUGGGUCCCGGGGCCGAAGAGUGACCGUGGUCUGAGUGACCCGGCCGGCUGCGCAGGUUGGGCGAGGCCGCACGGCGGGAUACGGGCGGGGAGUGCGGCUCACGGCCCGCGCGCGGCCUGCGCCGGGUCUCCGCGUGAGGCGGGUCUGGGGCUGACUCCUGCCUCAGGAUGUUGCGGGGGGAAGAGGAGCGCACUUAUCUGGCGGCGCGCCAGGAGCUGGCAAGCACCCUGAGGAAGGAUUCCGGGCAGACGUUUUCCCUGGAGAAGCUCCUGCCGCUCCUGGCCUCCUCUUUGCCGCCAGCCGUCCGCUACUUGAAGCUGGACGCCGCACGCCUGGUCCGCUGCAACGCUUAUGGAGAGCCCCGAAACUACCUCAGCACCCUGUCCACGGCUCUGAACAUAUUGGAGAAAUAUGGCCGCAACCUCCUCAGCUCUCAGCCACCCCCGUACUGGCGCGGGGUCAAGUUUAAUAACCCCGUCUUUCGCAGCACGGUGGAUUGUGUACAGGGGGGCCGGGAUGUGCUGCGAUUGUAUGGCUACACAGAAGAGCAGCCAGACGGACUGAGCUUUCCCGAGGGACAAGAGAAGCCAGAUGAACAUCAGGUUGCUACUGUCACACUGGAUGUACUGCUGCUUCGAGCAGAGAUCAACCUGCUGUUGAAGAAUACUCAUCCACGACCACAGGCACUGGAGCAGCUGCUGGAAGAAAAGGUUGAAGAUGAUGUAAAGAAGAUGCCGCAGUUCCUAGAGCUCAUCCCCCAACAGAAAGGGAUUGUUCCUGGCCUCUUCACUACACCCUCAGCCACAGGCUCUACUCCUGGUCCUUGCUUCCUCUGUGGUUCUGCCCCAGGCGCAUUGCACUGCCCAGCCUGUAAACAGACCUUGUGCCUAGCCUGUGACUGCCUCUUCCACGGGCACCCAUCCCGUGCCCAUCACCGCCGCCAGACCCUGCCUAUGGAACCCCAGGCCGUCCCCCUGAACUGCAGCUUAUCUGCUCCAGCCCCACUGCCCCCCCAAUUGAUGUCACCAUUGGCCCUGGGAGACAGCUCUCUUCCUUCCCCUGAUCCUGCAAGUGUCCGUCUGCCCUGGCACUGUGCUGCCUGUGCCAUGCUAAAUGAGCCUUGGGCAGUGCUCUGUGUGGUUUGUGAUCAGCCCAGAGGCUAUAAGGGUUUGGGGCUGAGGAACGAGGGUCCCCAAGGAGCUGGGGACCCAGAACCUGAGCUUGCACGGGGCCGGUGGGCCUGCCAAAGCUGCACCUUUGAGAAUGAGGCAGUGGCUGUUCUAUGUGCCGUAUGUGAGCGACCUCGGCUGGCCCAGCCCCCCAGCUUGGUGGUGGAUUCCCAGGAUGCGGGUAUUUGCCUGCCACCCCCUCAGCAGAGGGAUACUUUGCUCUCCUCCCCUCAGAAGCAAGGUUGGUAUUGUAUCCACUGCACCUUCUGCAACUCUGGCCCCGGCUGGGUAUGUGCUAUGUGCAACCGGACCAGCAGCCCCAGCCCAGCGCAGCAUACCCCUCAGCCUCAUGACAACUCUUUGGAAGAGAAACUUCCUGAGCCUGGGCCCCAGCAAUGCCUCAGUGCCCCUUUGCCCAGUUCCUGCGGGGACUCUGAGAAGCAGCGCCAAGACAGGAUGCGAGAGAAAGGUCUCCUGCUAGUGAUCAAGAUCCGGGAAGGAGAAGCUGCAGGCGCCUCUCCCGAGGAGGUCUUCUCGGCUUUGCAGUACUCAGGCACUGAGGUGCCCCUGCAGUGGUUGCACUCGGAGCUGCCCUACGUGCUAGAGAUGGUGGCUGACCUGGCUAGACAGCAGGCACCAGGGCUGGGUGCCUUUUCUUGUCAGGAGGCCCGGAAAGCCUGGCUGGAUCGUCACGGCAAUCUUGACGAAGCUGUGGAAGAAUGUGUGAGGACUCGGCGGAAGAAGGUGCAGGAGCUCCAGUCCUUGGGCUUUGGGCCUGAGGAGGGGUCUCUGCAGGCAUUGUUCCAGCAUGGGGGUGAUGUGGCACGGGCCCUGACUGAGCUGCAGUGCCAGCGUCUAGAGCCCUUCCACCAGCACCUCUGGGAUGGUAGCCCUGAGCCCACCCCCUCCUGGGAUGGACCAGACAAGCAGAGGUUGAUCAGGCGGCUUUUGGCAGUCUAUGCGCUCCCCAGCUGGGGCCGAGCAGAGCUGGCACUCUCGCUGCUGCAGGAGACGCCAAGGAACUAUGAGUUGGAGGAUGUUUUGGAAGCUGUGAGGCAUAGCCAUGACCGGGCCUUCCUGCGCCGCUUGCUGGCCCAGGAGUGUGCUGUGUGCGGCUGGGCCCUGCCCCGCAACCGAAUGCAGACCUUGACUACCUGUGAGUGCACCAUCUGUCCUGACUGCUUCCGCCUGCACUUCACCAUCACCUUGAAGGAGAAGCACUUCAGAGACAUGGUGUGCCCCGCUUGUGGCCGCCCUGACCUCACCGAUGACACACAGUUACUCAACUACUUUUCUACCCUUGACAUCCAGCUUCGCAAGAGCCUAGAGCCAGAUGCCUAUGCACUGUUCCAUAAGAAGCUGACUGAGGGUGUGCUGAUGCGGGACCCCAAGUUCUUGUGGUGUGUCCAGUGCUCCUUUGGCUUCAUAUAUGAGCGUGAGGAGCUGGAGACAACAUGUCCCCAGUGUCACCAGACCUUCUGUGUGCGCUGUAAGCGCCAGUGGGAGGAACAACACCGAGGCCUGAGCUGCGAGGAUUUCCAGAACUGGAAACGUACCAAUGACCCGGAAUACCAGGCUCAGGGCCUGGCAAUGUAUCUUCAGGAAAAUGGCAUCAACUGCCCCAAGUGCAAGUUCUCGUACGCACUGGCCCGAGGAGGCUGCAUGCACUUUCACUGCACCCAGUGCCGCCACCAGUUCUGCAGUGGCUGCUACAAUGCCUUUUACGCCAAGAAUAAAUGUCAAGACCCCAACUGCCGGGUGAGAAAGUCCCUGCAUGGCCACCACCCCCGAGACUGCCUCUUCUACCUGCGGGACUGGACUGCUGUCCGCCUCCAGAAGCUGCUACAGGACAACAGCGUCAUGUUUAAUACAGAGCCUCCAGCUGGGACCCGGGCAGUCCCUGGAGGUGGCUGCCAAGUGAUGGAGCAGAAAGAGGUUCCCAAUGGGUUCAAGGAUGAAGCUUGUGGCAAAGAGACCCCAGCUGGUUAUGCCGGCCUCUGCCAGGCACACUACAAAGAAUACCUUGUGAGUCUCAUCAAUGCCCACUCACUGGACCCAGCUACCCUGUAUGAUGUGCAGGAGCUGGAGAUGGCCACUGAGCGCUACUUGCACGUGCGCCCUCAGUCACUGGCUGGAGAAGAUCCCCGUGCCUACCUUGCCCGCUUGUUAAAGAAGCUGACAGAAGAGGUGCCCUUGGGACAGAGUAUCCCCCGCAGGAGGAAGUAGCUGAGGGCAAGGGCCCUGAUGAGGGUCCCAUGUCCCGACUCCCUCAGGAACAGCUCCAGCACCAAUAAAGAGGCAUCUCCUUGCCCAGG